AUGAAUCGUCAACGAUGGGCUCCGGUGUAUGUUAAAGGAGUUUUUUGGGCUGGAAUGUCUACAACCCAAAGAAGUGAAAGUAUAAAUGCUUUUUUUGAUGGUUAUGUUGGUCCAAGAACAUCUCUCAAACAAUUUAUGGAGCAAUAUGAUAAUGCAUUAAAAAGUAAGAUCGAGAAAGAAAACAAGGCUGAUUUUGCUUCAUUCAAUACAAGCUUUCCGAUGUUAACUGAUUGUCAUUUUGAGAAGCAACUACAAGAAACCUACACCAAUGAAAUUUUUAAGUUGUUCCAAGAUGAGUUACGGGGAAUGUUAUAUUGCAAUCUCGCAUUUACCAAUUCAGAUGGGCAAACAUGCACAUUUCAAGUGACUGACAUUUUUAGAGGGAAAGAUGGCAUAUUUAGAAGGCAAGUGGCAUUUAACAUUUCUUACAACGAGAUUGAAUUUGAUAUUAAAUGUUCAUGUCAUCUAUUUGAAUUUAGAGGAAUUUUGUGUAGACAUAUAUGCAAAGUUCUUAUUGAAAAGAAUGUGAAAGAGAUUCCAUCUCAAUAUAUUUUACCCCGGUGGAGAAAAGAUACUAAACGGAGGCAUACUUAUGUGAGGAAUUGUUAUGAUGAUGCACAAACCAAUGAACAAAAAGCACGUUACAGCAAAUUAUGUUCUCAUUUUUCUAAAGCUGCUGAAAUUGCCAUAGAAUCCAAUGAAAAAUAUCAUUUCUUGAUGAAAUCUGUGGACGUCGCAAUAGACAAGCUUAUGGAUGAUACAAACUAUUGGGAGAGCCAUUCAGUUCAAGUGAAUUCGAAUUCUCAUGUAGAUGUAGUGACUAUACCUAUUGAUAGUUUCAAUUCACAAAAUCAUAGCCUUGAUGCUUCUUCACAGGGCAUUGCUUUGCUAACAUGCUGGUUAAAUGGAAAUCAAAUUGUGCUGCCAGUUUUGUUUGGCCUAUGUUUAGCAUAA